AUGGUCUCGCGCGUCGCAAGUUUGCGAACUGUUGCUGGUGCUCGACGUUGCUUCGGUGCAGCUGCCCGGCUCUCCGAGAUUGCCCCCUCUGUGUGGCGUGUGGGAGAAGGCCGACCUAGGGUGGCGGUGCUGGGCGGCGUGCAUGGGAACGAGCUAAGCGGUGUGGAGGUGGUGAAGCGCCUGGUCUCAGAAAUGCGCGGCACAACGGAGCACGUCGAAGGGGAGAUCACGCUCGCCAUCGGCAAUCCUCCGGCGGUGAGCCGGGGGGUUCGGUUUAUCCACCAGGAUCUCAACCGCUGCUUCCAGGAGGUGGUUGGAGAUCCAGCCAUGCCACUGGGCAUGGAACAUGAGCAGUCCCGUGCCCAGGUGCUGAUGCCUUCACUGAGGGGCUUGGACGUGUUGCUUGACCUGCAUGCGACCAACAAGCCGUCCAAGCCUUUUGCGCGGCUUCCAGGGCCCGUGGCUGGGCGCAAAGAGCGCUUCGCAUCCGCCGAAAGGGUUUUCCUGCGGGCGCUGCCAGCCUCCUGCCGUACGAUCUUGUGGGAUCCAGACACCUUGAUCGCUGGUGGUGCCAUGUCAGAUGAAUAUGCUUUGCAACACGCACCAUUUGAAGCGUGCCAAAGGAGUGGCGAGCAAAUUCAUCCAGCAUACAUUUGCUACGAGUCUGGCCUCGCCUCUGACAAGAGUUCUGCCGGAGCCAUCUACAGCGCCGUGCACGCAUGCUUCGCAGAGCUCGGCGUUUUGAGAUGCCCCAACACGGAUUCCGCAGUGGAAGAGGCUCUCGGACGUGAAUGGGAGCAUUUUGAGAUUACCGAUGUCUUCAAGCUCGAUAGCAGAGGCUACGAGUGGAUCAACGGCUUUGGCUCACAGAACUUCCAGGUAUUGCCUCCAGGGGCUGCGUUUGGCAGGCGGCUUGAACCGCCUGAGGAGCUGCAUGCACCGACUGGCCGAGACUCGUACCUCAUCUUUCCGAAAGGCAAAGCCUUUUGGAUCCCGGGUUGGCCUCUUGGCUGGCUCGCCCGGAAGCUUAUGCCUGAAGAGCUUUGA